GCGCGAGCACGUGUGUUGGCGGUGACGUCACGCGGCUUGCAUCAGCCGAGCGGCGUUGAAGAGAAGCACUCUGAGAAGAAUAGCGAGGCGAGGAGAGCGCAGCGAGACCCCUCACCGCCUCGAGCACAGCGAGACCAGCACAGCGCCCAUCACCCGCACGGCUGCGCCUCGUACCGAGUCCACGAGCCGCCCUCCCGGUGCGACCCGACGCAUUACCAGCGCUGCCAUGGCACCAACUCUGAGUGCCAGCGAAGUGCGACAGAAGUUCAUAGACUUCUUCAAGAAGAACGAGCACGCGUACGUGCACUCUUCCUCCACCAUCCCAGGAGAUGACCCCACGCUGCUGUUUGCCAAUGCCGGCAUGAACCAGUUUAAGCCGAUAUUCCUCAACACCAUUGACCCAUCCCACCCGAUGGCCCAGUUGCACCGCGCGGCCAACACACAGAAGUGCAUCCGCGCAGGCGGCAAACACAAUGACUUGGAUGAUGUGGGCAAAGACGUCUACCACCACACCUUCUUUGAAAUGCUGGGCUCCUGGUCUUUUGGAGAUUAUUUCAAGAAAGAGGCGUGUGAGAUGGCGAUGGCGCUGCUGGUGGGAGACCUGCAGCUGCCCCUCGAGCGUCUCUACGUUACCUACUUUGGUGGAGACCAGAAGGCCCAGCUGCAGCCCGACCUGGAGUGCAAGCAGAUCUGGCUCGAUCUCGGUGUGCCAGAGGAACGUGUGCUGCCAGGCAGCAUGAAGGACAACUUCUGGGAGAUGGGAGACACUGGACCCUGCGGCCCCUGCACUGAGAUCCACUUCGACCGCAUUGGAGGACGAGAUGCAGCACACCUUGUCAACCAGGACGACCCCGACGUGCUGGAAAUCUGGAACCUCGUCUUCAUUCAGUUCAACCGGGAGACGGAUGGGAGUCUGCACCCCCUGGCAAAGAAGAGCAUUGACACGGGCAUGGGUCUGGAGCGGCUGGUGUCUAUCAUGCAGGGCAAGAUGUCCAACUAUGACACCGACCUCUUUCAGCCCUUCUUCCGUGCCAUACAGCAGGGCACGGGAGCCCGGGCCUACACCGGACACGUCGGCAAGGAGGACGCCGACGGCAUUGACAUGGCAUACCGCGUGCUGGCGGACCACGCGCGCACGCUCACCAUUGCCCUGUCCGACGGGGGUCGACCCGACAACGUGGGCCGCGGGUACGUGUUGCGGCGUAUCCUGCGACGCGCGGUGCGUUACGCGCACGAGAAGAUGAACGCGAAGAAGGGCUUCUUCUCAACCCUGGUGGACGUGGUGGUGGAGACGCUGGGCGACGCAUUCCCAGAGCUCAAGAAGGACCCGCAGGCUGUGAGAGAUGUCAUCAAUGAGGAGGAGGAACAAUUUCUCAAGACGCUAAGUCGUGGGCGGCGCAUCCUGGAGAGGAAGAUCCAAAACAUCAAUGACAACGUCCUGCCUGGGGACACGGCAUGGCUGCUGUACGACACGUACGGAUUCCCCGUGGACCUAACUGGGCUCAUUGCGGAGGAAAAGGGGCUCACCAUCGACAUGGAGAGUUUUGAGCAGGAGAAGAAGGCUGCCCAGCUGAAAUCUCAGGCGCGAGGCUUUGGAGACGAGGACCUGAUCAUGCUGGACAUUCACGCCAUUGAUGAGCUGCGUGAGCGGGGUCUGCUGCCGACCAAUGAUGCACCAAAAUACAACUACAGUGCCGAUGCCAAUGGGAACUAUGACUUUGAGAGAGUGGUGGCAGAGGUGCUGGCACUACGCAGAAACAAGCAGUUUGUGGAUGAAGCAAGUUCUGGGAAGGAGUGCGGCAUUCUGCUCAACCAAACCUGCUUCUACGCUGAGCAGGGAGGCCAGGUCUACGACGUGGGCUACAUGGUCAAGGAAGACGACAGCGAGGAUAAAACGGAGUUCACAGUGAAGAACACGCAGGUGCGUGGUGGCUACGUGCUGCACAUAGGAAUGUUGUAUGGCAACAUCAAGGUUGGGGACAAAGUCACCCUCUACGUGGAUGAGGCGCGGCGCCGGCCAAUCAUGAGCAAUCACACGUCGACGCACGUGCUGAACUUUGCGCUGCGGGCCGUGCUGGGCGAGGCUGACCAGCGAGGCUCCCUGGUGGCACCCGACCGCCUGCGCUUCGAUUUCACCGCGCGUGGCGCCAUGACCACUGACCAGAUCCAAAAGACUGAAGAGAUUGCCAACGACAUCAUCCGGCAGGCCAAGCCGGUGUACACAGCGGAUGUGCCGCUGGCCGAGGCGAAGGCGAUUGCGGGGCUGCGUGCCGUGUUCGACGAGACAUACCCCGACCCCGUGCGCGUCGUCUCAGUGGGCGUGCCUGUGCCCGAGCUGUUGGCCGACCCAUCUGGCCCUGGUGGUGCUCUCCACUCUAUCGAGUUCUGCGGUGGAACGCAUCUGCAGAACUCUGGCCACGCUGGAUCGUUUGUGAUUGUCACAGAGGAAGCCAUUGCGAAAGGAAUCCGUCGAAUCGUUGCGGUGACGGGAACCGAGGCCACAAAGGCGACACGCAAGGCUGGCGCCAUCCAGGAAGCCGUGGCAGCGUUGGCUGAGAAGGUGAAGGUCGAAACCGUCCCCAACAAGGAUCUCCAGAAGGAGAUUGCUGACCUAGUGGAGGUCCUGGGCCCUGCCACUAUUCCUCAGUGGCGCAAGGACAAGCUGCGCGAGAAUCUGACAGCACUCAAGAGGACAAUGGAUGACCUGGACCGCGCCAGCAAGGCCGACCUCCAGAAGAAGGUGUUGGAGAAAACCAAGCAGCUUAUCGAAAACAGCCCCAACAAGCCACUGGUCAUCAUGGAGAUGGAUAAUGGUGCAUCUGCUAAGGCCCUGAAUGAAGCCCUCAAGUUGUUCAAGAGUCUUUCUCCUCAAACUUCCACCAUGCUGUUUGCUGUGGAUAAUGACGCUGGAAAAGUCACCUGCCUGUGUCAGGUCGCGGAGGAGGCAGUGCACAGUGGUCUGAAGGCGAGCGCGUGGGUGCAGCACGUCACGCCGCUGCUGGGAGGCCGCGGAGGUGGCAAGGAUGUGUCGGCCCAGGCCAGCGGCACAAAUACCACAAGCAUCCCCGAGGCCAUCAGCCUGGCGCAGGAAUUUGCACGACUCAAGCUGGGCGAGGGCGUGUAACACAUGUGGCAAGCGACGUAUAGAUUUAAACCGCUAAUGCACAAAUCCCGGUUGUGUAAACGGGGCACCAGUAUUGCACAUUUAUCCUUUCCACCACGCACAGGCCAGAGGUACUUUAACUUUUCACUAACAAGCAGAUCCUUGUGCUACACAUCCAUUGCACCAGUGUUGUUCAUGCAGAACUCUCACACUCGCCAUUCCACUCAGUGCUCGCCCUAGAUGCCUGAUAACGUUCAUUUUUAUAAUAAUCAAAUGUCACGCUCGUAGUCUGUAUUGCUGCUGUUAAUUUUUGGUAAUUGCAGGUGUUAUUUCUAGUUGACAUAAUUGACAUUAUAUUGAAAACAGAUUAGAAAAUGUGCAGUCGAUUUUUUCUUUAAAAGUUUAUGCACACAAUAUUGUGCGUUUUCCUAAGCAUGGCAUUGGCAGAUUUAGUUUAAAGGAUGUCACCAUUUACCAGUGCACAAUUUGUUUAGUUGAUCAUUCCCUGUGCUUGGUGGUGCUUUUGCAAUUGGACAGGGAUUUAAAAUGUCUGCAUGAAUGUUUGAAAGAGGUUCCAUCGUGGUGUGAAGACCUUGACAUGGAUGGAAACAUUUUCACUUGCAAGUGCAAACUAUAAACUUCCUGUAGUCCCACAACCCCGUUUACAAGCAAUGCAAAAAUGCCCAACUGUUAAGUUUAUAACGAUCUGUUGUGUGAAUCUACAUUGGCGUUUAAAUCUGAGAAAGACCGUUGACAUGGAGUGACCAACCUUGUGUAACAGGUGUGUAAUAGCUUGAACAUGCAUUACGGGUUCAGGGACUUGCAUAGAAAGUACUAAAUUGUACACUGAAAACUUUCUCAUCCUGCCCGAUGUCAUCACUUGAAUAUGUUAGGAUAGAAUUAGUUUAUGAAAUGCAAUUUUGAAUGUAAAUGUGAAGUUUGAAAGCUGAAAGUCUCUGCAUCCACAUGCAGCUCCCAGCCCAUCGCACGAGUUGCCAUCAGCGUGACAGGGCCUGAGCGCUUUGGUUUAGAAGACGCCUUUGAUUAAAACGUCUUCUAGAAGCCUUUCAUCUUCACCACUGACGGUGAACCCUGCUGCAGGUAUUGGCUUUGGAUAAAUAACUGCAACAGCUGCAUGUAAACUGCAAUGCAAGGGCCCUUUAGGAAUGUCGGGAUAAAUGUUCAAACGGUGCCUGUGGGGCCUUCUAAUGAAACUUCUCAAAUGAAACGCU